GGAGGACAAGAAGUCGCCGGCCAUGACGCCGUCUAUCGCCGCUGCCAGAGCUGCACGCGAGUCGAAAGCUGAGCCUGACGUUCAUGGGAAACCGUCGUACGUCUUUCUGCGUAUAAAGCGCAAGCGCACCGACGACCCGAUGGAGUGUUUGGUGGUGCACAGUGAGCCGGACUCGAAGCGUUCCAAGACGGACCUGGUACAGGCUUUUACGAAUCUGUCGACCACUGAGAAGCGGUUCGUGUUCAAGCACAUCGACACAAUGGAGGAGCCCAUCACUCCAGGUCGCGUCAAGUGGACAGAGCGACUCAAACGCAAGGCACGCUCGCUCAAAGAUGAACGCGCCGACAUGUUGGCCAAGAAGCAGCUCGUCCCAGUGUUCCAGACAGACCCCACGGCCUCCAAACAGACCGAAAAGCGUGUGAAACAACAGCAAAGUCGCUCUAAAGCACGUCGGAAAGAGGAAAUGCUCAAGUCCAGAGGACUAGAACCUAUUAUGGAGAUCAAGGAGAAGCAGACGAUGGAACUGCACGGCAUCCGACUGGUAGAUCUACACGUCGCGACUGCAGCGAGCACAGAGAAGGACACAGAACAGGAUAUAGUAGAAACGAGCAAGACUGAUGUCGUCACGGUCAACGGAGCGAGACUGAAGCCUACGCGUGUACUGAACCCGCACGAGCGCGAGCUGGAUGAGGCGAUUUGGACGGCGUUCCGAGCCAACAACUUCGCACCAUUCUUCCAGAUCUACCACGCGCGGCGACCUGAGCUUCGUGUAGACUCGACGUCAUUUCAACGCCCAGCAGAUGGAAGCUCGAUACUUAUGGCGGCAGCGCUACACGGACGCAGCGAUGUGAUCGAAGUGCUGUUGCGCUCGGGUAGUACGAGUGUUCUUCAGCAGGAUUAUGAUGGAGCUACGGCUGCGAUGUUCGCCAAGCGUGGAGGCCACAUCAAUGUGGAGACAGCACUACUUGCCUGUGAAGAAGCAGAGCACGAGAAGGACUACGUGUACGACGUUUACUGUGUUGAUAUUUCUGCCAGUGAAGGGCAACACGACGCAGCAACUAGAGACGAAGACGAUGCAAAGCAAACAAGCGUGAAUGGUGUGCCGGUUGUGAGUGUGAGCUCGGAGGUGCAUCGGUGGCUGUCAGAAGAUAUGCCGAGCGAAGACGUGGAGGAAUACAUGCUCGAGUCCGAUAUCGAUAGCAACGAAGAAGACGGAUUGAGCGAAGAUUCCAAUGACGAGGACCACGAGGCCAACGAUUAUCCAGACGAAGAGUCAUCGGACGAGUCGCUGGCGGACAGCGAGGAUCUUGACGAGGCGGCGAUGGCAGAUAUCUGA